AUGCCUCUUCGUUUUGUUCUCCCUACCAAGCUUGCUGGUCGUGCUCUCCCCUUCCACCAUACCGCGCGUUACCAUGGCGGCCAGGAAUCUGGCUCCCACUUACGCAGCAUUUGCCACACUUUGUCGCGCUGCCGGAUAAUUCGCCCGGUCACCGUGGCGAACCGAUCUUCACCUCCUCCGUCUCAUACCUUUUGUACUUCUCCAGUCUCUCCUCUCCCUGUCCGUGUUACCAGUAUUCAAAUCACUAGAUUGCAUUCCGUGAGAAGACGAUCCCUGAAGCUUGCAACCACCCCAAUCCCUUGGCCACCCCACUUGAGGCCAUUUUCUUCCUGUCAGGCACAGAGUCUUGGCUCUCAGGCCGUGUCGCUUGAAAUGGCAGUCCCCAAGGAGGAGGACGCUGCCCCAGUCGACAACCUCAAAGGAAGCGCCGAUCGCGACGCGCGUUCAAUUGGCCCGUCAGAGGAUGUCUCCAUAGACCCAGAGUCGGACGACAAUGUGCCCGUUGAAGCGGAAGAGCUCCGAGAGGCCUUAACGCGACCUCCACCGGUGAAUAGCAGCUAUCUGCCUCUCCCUUGGAAAGGCCGAUUGGGCUAUGCCUGUUUGAAUACGUACCUGCGGUAUUCAAACCCACCGGUUUUCUGCUCCCGCACUUGUCGCAUUGCGUCUAUCUUGGAAAACCGACAUCCGCUCUCAGACCCCUCCCAGCCUCUUCAUCCUACUAAGAAUCGCCCGGAUCGCUCUCAGCCUCCCGAUGUUGCGCACGGUCAGGCUUUCGUUGAGUCCUUGGGACUUGCCAAUGCGCGUGAUGUUGUCAAGAUCUUGCGUUGGAAUGACCGGUAUGGCAUCAAGUUCAUGCGGCUGAGCAGCGAGAUGUUCCCUUUUGCCAGCCAUAAAGAAUAUGGGUAUAAGUUGGCUCCAUUCGCCGCUGAAGCGCUCGGCGAUGCCGGCCGCGUUAUCGCAGAACUAGGCCAUCGUGUGAGUGUACAUCCCGGCCAGUUCACGCAAUUGGGCACCCCGAGAGAGGAUGUUGUCGAAAGCUCCAUCCGAGAUCUGGAGUAUCACUCGGAGAUGUUGCAGCUUCUCCGUUUGCCCCCUCAACAAGACCGAGAUGCGGUUAUGAUUCUUCACAUGGGUGGCGUUUUUGGCGACAAGGAAGCCACCCUUGAUCGUUUCCGACAGAACUAUCAAGGUCUGUCACAAGACAUCAAGAAUAGGCUGGUCCUGGAGAAUGAUGAUGUUAGUUGGUCGGUGCACGACCUGCUGCCCAUUUGUGAGGAGCUCAACAUCCCGCUUGUCCUGGACUUCCAUCACCACAACAUCAUCUUCGAUUCGACCCAGCUGCGGGGUGGCACGUUAGACAUCAUGCAGCUUUUCGACAGGAUCAAGGCCACCUGGACUCGGAAGAACAUCACGCAAAAGAUGCACUACUCUGAACCGACCUCGUCUGCCAUUACGAAUCGUGAACGCCGGAAGCAUCGUGAUCGCGUUACCGCUCUCCCGCCCUGCGAUCCUACUAUGGAUUUGAUGAUCGAGGCCAAAGACAAAGAGCAGGCCGUCUUGGAGCUGAUGCGCAUAUAUAAACUCCCCGGUCACGGGCUUUCUAAUGAUUUGAUACCUUAUGUCAGGACCGACGAGAAUAAGCCUUACAAGCCCCCACGUCAGUCUAAGAAGGAGGGUGCGUUUGUCGACCUCGAUGGCCUCGUCCCACCCCUAAAAACUGUUCCCGACGAAGAGAUUGGUAUGGGAGGUCCUGACGGCAGGGUUUAUUGGCCUCCCGGUAUGGAGGAAUGGCUCCGACCAAAGAAAGUCAUCCAGACCAAAGCAGCUCAGAGUCCGGCCAAACCGCGCGCAUCCAAAAAGACCAAUGGCAAUGCUGUGGAGCCUGCCCAGCAGAGUGGAGAGGCUGAUAACGGUAGCACUUUGGCAACACCCGAUUCUAAAAAGCCCGCGCGGGCCCCGCGUACUUCCAGUGCAAAGAAGUCGACAACCAGAAAGCGUAAAGCUUCUGCUGAGCCAACUCCUUCCUCUGCUUCAGAAGAGGAGGUGCCCCCUGAGACGCCCAAGCUUUCUCGGUCGCGGACUACUAGCAAUCGACGAAGUACCCGCGUGAAGCAGGUUAACUAUGCUGAGGAUAGUGGGUCGGCGCUGAAACGAUCGAUCCUGGCUCCCAAACCGCCAGCCCGCAAUCGCUGGCGCCUGCCUCUGCCGACUCCCUCCUCCAUCAGACGCUCCCUCCCCGGUCGACCUUUCCCUCUCCCCACCAAUUCCCUCGAUCAGCCUCGACGCAAUCGCCAGGGGAAAUUCGCCCUUUUCCUCCGUGUGCUUUUCGGCCCCCACGCGAGCCGCCGCGCCCAGUCGCGCCUUUGGGGGUUUCGCUACGAGACCAUCCCCGCCCUCCGCCAACGCGCCCAGGCACGAGUCUACCGAGCGAUCGUCAAUCGACAGGCCAAACUCGCCCAGAGACGUGCACCCGGGCGACGGGGAAUCGUCGGACUCUUGACGGCAACACGGAGCCGACUCCGAGGGACGGAAUUGCAGUCGCCAUCGUCGCGGUUGGGCCAGGUCAAUAAUCCCAGGAGUGGCAGUGGCGGGGUGGUGCCGUCGGUCGAUCGACGCAGGAAUAAUACGCUGAAGAGAGGGGCCCCUAUGUCGCAGUACUUGCCGUCGUCGUCCUCCGCGCCCGGUGGCCGCCGCAAGAAGGUCUUCGAGUAUCUGAAAGCGGCGAAUGAGUUGCGCCAGUCGUACGCUGCGCAAUGGACACAACAGCGGAACGGCCUGCGCGAUUACGAUGAGGAUUACUUCAAUACGCCCGGGGCGUUUCCCGAUGUCGAGAUCGCGCGGUCCGGCGAUGAGGAGAUGGUGAUAUUCCCGAGUUAUGCGCGUCGGCUGGUUAAGGGGCUGCAUCAUUCAAGGGACCACUCGAGGCGACGUCGGGAUUCGACUUCGACCAUUGAUGAAUACCGUGGGGGCUCGGAGGAAGGGGAGCGCGGGCUGGCGGACUGGGAGGUGAUCGAGGAUGAGAAUGCAAUUGUCGCUGUCGAUGUGCGCGGCUGGGUGUACGCGCCUCAUCGCGGGCCGAUGACUCGAAAACAUCGCUUGAUGAUUGCGCUCGCUCGGAAACUCAGUGGUGUCCCGGCUCCGAAUAACCCUUCGAAUGAGGCUGAAGAACCGAAUACUGCUGCGGCUAUGGGGACUCAUGGGGGUAGGGAAGAUGAGAUUGUCGACACGGAAGCUCAAUCGAUUAUCAGGAAGGCUGAAGGGAGGACGGAUACGGGCUUGGACGAUGGCACACUACCGGGACGGCCGCUGCAGAAGACAUCGACGUCGACGUCCCUGGAAUCUACACCCAUGAACAAGGAUGAACUUUCGGUUGCCAACGCUCAUCUUAUGGAGAGACUGCGUCCGUUUCUGACAAAUCCUGUGACGCAGAUGCCUGUCACCGUCUUCUUUUUCAACGAUGGGAAGAGUCAGUCCAGGAGCAUUAUGACCGAUGAGUCCGGCCACUUCAUGCUUCGUGCUGCGCUGCCUUUUGUGCCGACCCAUGUUCGUGUGCUGGCUUCGGAGGAGCUGUCCGCCGUGAAGGAGGUCCAGAUCAUCGAACCGGCGGGGGUCAGCUUGAUCAGCGAUGUCGAUGACACGAUCAAGCAUUCGGCCAUUGCGAGCGGCGCCAAAGAAAUCUUUCGUAACACGUUUGUCCGCGAGCUUGCCGGUUUGACCAUCCACGGUGUGGCUGAUUGGUACAACAAGCUGGCUAAAAUGGGCGUGGAAGUCCACUACGUGUCCAACGCACCGUGGCAGCUGUAUCCGUUGCUUGACCGAUAUUUCAAAUUAGUUGGACUGCCCCCUGGCUCUGUCCACCUGAAGCAGUACAGUGGUAUGUUACAGGGAAUAUUCGAGCCCACUGCCGAACGGAAAAGAGGGCCCCUGGAGCAAAUUUUGCGAGAUUUCCCCGAGCGCAAAUUCAUUUUGGUUGGUGAUAGUGGCGAGGCCGAUCUUGAAGUUUAUACCGACAUUGCACUAGCCAACCCUGGGCGCAUUCUUGGGGUCUUCAUCCGCGAUAUCACGACACCAGAUCGUAAAAGAUUCUUUGAGAAGUCGGUCGAACAUUUGGACAACGCUGUGUCGCGAAGCCGCAGCACUCCUCACCUCCAUGAUGAUUCUGAUGCCAUUGCGAGACGACCUACACUACCACCUCGUCGAGCACAAGGAUCCCCCGAUUCCUCCUCGGACGCCAAACAGCUAGAUAAUGCCGACUUGAUCGACCUCCGAGACGAAGAUGAGCUAAGGAAUCCGUCAGACGAGGCGCUGAAGCCCCCUACUGCGCGAACACCACCCGCAAAGCCAUCCAAGCCAUCUUCUCUGCGCACAGUUGCGACCACCUCCGAAUUAGAGAAUGGCAGCUCGACUUCCUUGUCGCAGGACGCCAUCAAAAGAAAACCAGUGCCACCUUUGCCAGCACGGCGUAACCCCCAAGCAGGGCAGGGACUAUCAGAGACGAGCUCCACCACUUCCUUACCCACUCGUCCCAAGCCAAGCAGCGACAACAGUUCAUUCGUUUCCCAAGACACGAACGACCAAAGGCCCUCCCGUACGAAGCAAGCGCCACCUCCACCCCCGCCUCGUCGAAGCAACACCGGUGCAACUACAACCGCCCCAAGCAUUGAUUCUACACGAACAAGUUCUCCCCGACCUCCGCCUCCGCCUCAAAAACCACCGCAAUCGUAUCCAGCUGCUGCUGCAACUGCUGCCUCGACAGCAUUGCAGUAUGCGUCUGACCGUCUCCCCUGGGCCCCUUCGCCAUCCAACCUCCUCCAAACCACCACUUCCAACUCAAAUCUAAGAAACAGCAGUGACAGCCAAGACUCUGACUCGCAGUCCGGUCUCGCCUAUCCCAGUUCCGCAGUCGGACCAUUGCCCAGCCGCCGCGAGGAAACGUGGCGCCGACGCUGGGAACGCGCCCAUGAGCUUCUCGCUGACCACGGCGUCGUCCUUGGGAGCUGGCGUGAGGGCAAAGAUGUGCAAGAUGUUAGUAUAUGGUUGGUAGAAGAAGCGUUGAAAGAAGCGAAGAGAAAUGCCGGUGGUGGAGGGCCUAGAGCCUAG